AUGGCAAAAAAAACAAAGCGUUUAAGCUUGGCUGUGGAGCGUUUUAAGACAGUUCGAAGUCACAAAAUGAAGAAACAGAUGACUGCUAUUUCAAAAAGUAAGUCAUCAACUAAUCCAGAUAGAUUAUUAGAUAAUAAUAAGAAGGAGGGCUUUUACCGUACUAGGAGUACAAUUAGUCGCUUGAACAUGUAUAACGAGAAAGGAGUAUUGUCUAGUAAUGAUAAACCUUCUGGAACGAUGGUACGAAUAGAACCAGAUAGACGUUGGUUUGGAAAUACUAGAGUAAUAACUCAAUCAAAAUUAGAGAGUUUUCGUCAGCAGAUGUCAGAAGUAUCAUCAGAUCCCUAUUCUAUAGUUUUGAGACGUUCUAAGUUACCUAUUCAUCUUAUUAAAGAGAAUAGUGAAUCAAUACCAAAUACUAAAUAUGGUGGAAAUCUUUUAAAAAUUGAACCAUAUAACCAAACAUUUGGUGAGGGUCAUAAGAGGCGAAAGAAACCAAGGUUGAGCUCUCAGUUUGACAGUUUAUCAGAUUUAACAGAGAAUGUUGAGAAACGUAAUACAGAGUAUGAUAUUGUAGAAAAUAAUGAGAGUGAAAUAAAUUCAAAAUUCGAUGGAUUUGAAUUGCUUAAGGAUGAUGCUGUUUUAAAGAAGGGUAAAUCAAAACGCAUAUGGCAAGAAUUAUACAAAGUAAUAGAUAGUUCUGAUAUAAUUAUUCAUGUAUUAGAUAGUAGGGACCCCCAAGGUACAAGAUGUAUUUAUAUUGAGGAGUAUUUAGAAAAAGAAUGCCCACAAAAGUAUCUUGUUUAUGUUUUAAAUAAGGUAGACCUGAUUCCAAAGUGGGUAGCAAGUCGCUGGAUAGGUUUUUAUUCAUCAAAAAGACCAACAAUAGCUUUCCAUUCAAGUAUAACUAAUCCAUUUGGUAAAAAGACAUUAUUCCAUGUUCUUAGACAAUAUACCUCUUUAAUGAAGGAUAAAAAACAUGUUAGUGUAGGUUUUAUUGGGUAUCCAAAUGUUGGUAAGUCAAGUAUUAUCAAUACCUUAAGAGGUAGUAAGGUUUGCAAGGUUGCCCCAAUAGCAGGUGAAACUAAGAUUUGGCAAUAUAUUCAUUUAACACACAGGUUAUAUCUUAUAGAUUGUCCAGGUAUAGUCCCUCCAACAUUAAUAAAUACAGAGAAUGGAGAAUUUAAUAAUCUCCAAGCAAGCACUAAUGUUGUAUUAAAAGGUGCAGUUCGUACUGAGAAAUUAUCGGAUCCUUCAAUUUAUAUAUCAGAGCUAUUACAAAAAGUUAAAGCACACCAUAUAAAACAGAAAUAUCAUCUUAAUCCUAGUGAUAAUUGGCAAAAUACAGAUGAAUUUUUAACUAUAGUUGGGAAGAGAUUAGGGAAAUUUUUGAAGGGUGGAGAGAUAGAUCAUGUAACUACUGCUAAAGUUAUUCUGAAUGACUGGAUAACGGGUAAGAUUCCUUAUUUUAUUCCUCCUCCAAAUAAAGAACAAGAAAAUAAUCAAUCUGAAGGUGUUGAAAUAAAUAAAGAAUCAGAUUCUAAAGUAAUUCAGGUAGAACAUGAACUUUUGGACAACUUAAAAUUGACUUCUGAUUUCAAUAUAGAAGAGACAGAACAUUUCUCAGGAGAUGAAUUUAAAGAAACAGACUUAAAUGAUAAAUUUUGUCUAAAAGAGUCUAAUGAGAAUUCUGGUGUAAAUAUUUCGUGGAGAGACAUUGUUAAAGAAUUUGAAUAA